AUGAUGAAUGAUCCGGCAGCACUCGGGAUGAUCCCGUUUGACACGAUCGGUCUGUACGAGCAGCCUAAACCGCGCUUUAUCUUCAAAAUGCCGCGCGUUGUCCCGGAUCAGAAGUCGAAGUUCGAGAGCGACGACCUGUUCAAGAAGCUGAGCCGAGAUAGUGAGGUACGGUACACGGGCUUCCGCGAUCGUCCGAUCGAAGAGCGACGAGGCCGUUUCCGAGCCGGAUGCUGCGAGGGUCACACGGAGGUGUCAUUCGCCGCCACCGGCAUCAACCUGCAGCUCGUCUUCAACCCGAACCACGGCCUCUACCACCACCCGCACCACCACCACCAUCACCAUCCCGCCCAUCUCGGGCUGGAGAAGGAGUGCGAUUUUGACAAGGAGCACGGCAAGGUCCACAUCAAGUCCCACUUCAUCAUGAACGGCGUGUGCGUUCGUUUCCGCGGUUGGCUCGACAUGGAGCGCCUGGAUGGCAUCGGUUGCCUGGAGCUGGACGAAAAGCGAGCCGCCCAAGAGGACGCGAUCCUUCGGGAGCAGCUCGAGCGGUACAACCAACGCCUGCGGGACUUCGAGGACAAGCAGCGCACCUACCAGCGCACCACGCAGGACGAAUUCGAGCAGAUGCGUCGGAACGGCUCCGGUAUCGGUGUUGGUGUGACGGCCGGUGCGUCUGGUAUGUGGCGGCGAUAAGCCGGCGACAAGCAACCCCACGACCGCAACAGCGACGUGCCAAACGGGGAGGUGGACCCUUCCUCCUCACCAGCAGCUCCCGC